GAUAACGCCAAGACCAGUAAGGCUUCCAUCAACGAAUGCUACAACCAUCGUGACUGAACCUCAUUUCUGCUACCUAUGCUUUAAUUGAUUGAUCGCCUUCACAUCUACAGUGCGACUAACUUUUCUCGAGAAUUACCGCUAUCACUCAAUACUUUGCGAGCCUCAAAGCCAACCCUAUACCUAUUCCAGCUCGACUGCAACCGGGUUGUUUUGCGACAUGGCGACGUACAAGAGCACCCCGCUGUUUGGAGGGGCUCUCGUUUGCGACUUGCCGACCAACUUCGCCGAUGUCAGCCAGCUCCGCCAGGUACCAGACAACCAAGAGGUCUAUAUUGACAAGGAUGGCUUUACGAGCAUCAUCAUCGAGAUCAACGAACGCGUCGGCGAGGAUGGCAGCAGCGAAGAAAUCGAUGGGACCGCGCUGACAACGCACCUCCGCGAAAUUGUCGGCGACGAUAUCGAAGGACUGAAAGUGUGGAACACGACGCCCACGCAAUUCUCCAAGCUCGACGAAGACAUACCAGCUUAUACCCUCAUCGCUACGCUCGCGCCUCAUGGGCUGCCGUCGAAGGAAGGCGAUAAUGCUGCUACGCGCGGGAAUGCGCCCGACUUCACCGCCAUGGUCCUGACGCUCGUGCGUCUCGAGCGCGAACACACCGAUAUCCUCAUAACGAUCAACGUGCCUCACAUUCGUGGCGAGUACGACGAGGAAGAUGUCGACCUGCAGCUUGGGAAGCAGGGACAGCUGAUUGGAGACGCCGUCGAGUAUGCCUCGCGGAUCUGGGAAUCAUUCAAGGUAAAGGACUGGGGUCUCUUCAAGGAAGUGUAGUCGGAUAUGGGGGAAGGAAACAUAAACAGAGAUAUGAUGGCAAUACGAACAUGAAGUGCUCUUUCUCCUUUACUUGUUACACAAGGACGAGCGGCUUGGAUUUACAUUAUGAGGGGGCGUAAUGAGUAUGGACACUCAACUUUGGCAUGAGACCUGGCCAGUGUUUUUUAUCGCACACCCCCAUAUGUAGAUAUAUAGGGCUACGGAUGAUAUUCAUGACUGGUAUAUCGAGCAGGAUAUCACAAUUGUUGACGACCAGCGAUAUAAUAUGGAGAUAGAUGCUUGGGCGCCAGCGCCGAUUCCAUCUUAUGACCUGGAUUAAUGAAUACUCGAUUAAUAUAGUCAAUAACUUUCUCAACCACAUUAGAUCUUCUGCUACCGCGGUCAUGUAUAUUCCCAACAAAGCUUCAC